GGGUGUGCUUUGUGUUUGGUGCGUGCGUCGAGCCCCGUCUGCAGCAGGGACAGAAAGGAGGAGAGUCCACCGGGAAAGGAGAAGCCAUGUACAGGAGAAAGAUGAGAGGCAUGUACAUAUCUAAGAGGGCAUUAAGAAAACACUUUGAUCCCCGCAAGUAUCCACACGAGACAUACCUACUCUGUGAGCUUCAGUGGCGUGGGAGUCACAAGUUUUGGCAACACUGGGUCAGAAAUGAUGAUAGUAACGAUUCCCAUGCAGAACAGUACUUCCUGGAGGAAAUCUUUGAGCCAAGAAGCUACAAUAUCUGUGACAUGACCUGGUACCUGUCCUGGAGCCCCUGUGGGCAGUGCUGCAACAUAAUACAGGAUUUCCUGGAGGAGCAGCCCAAUGUGAACAUAGACAUACGCAUAGCACGGCUCUACUACGUAGACUGUGCAAGCAACCGCAGAGGCCUGAUGGAACUUGCCAACUCGCCGGGAGUAACCAUUGAACUCAUGGAAGCUGAAGACUAUAAUUACUGUUGGGAGACCUUUAUACAACCAGGUGUCGACUAUCAUUUCUCGCCCAGGAACUUUGAAUCAGCGAUAGAGAGGAAUCGUUCACGGCUCGAAGAUAUCCUUCAGGGUCUUCAUUUGUAGAAUCAAAGAAUCACAGAAUAUCUCAAGUUGAAAGAGAUGCAAAAGAUCAUCAAGUCCUUCUCCUUGCAUGACUACCUAAAACUAAACAACAUGACUAAAAUCAUCAUCCAUGUUAUAAACAGUUAUGUAGUAGUUGACUUUCACUAUAAUUUGUUUGGUUUAAUUAUAAAAUAGUAAUUGUUUUUAGAUAAUUAGUGUAAGUCUCAAAUUGCUUUUAAGUGUGGUAAAAUUUGUAAUUGCUUGAGGGCCAUGUAGAAGGGGAAAUAAGGCUUUUACAAGAUGUAAGUGGGCUUGUGAAAGGUGUAUUUUAAGAUAUGAUUAUUAUUGCAAAAUAUACAUCCAAGAUAGCAUAAGUGAAGAGCAGAAGACCAUAAAGGAAGAGUACCAAGCUUAAAAUGGCAUCAGAAGACCAUCAGAAGACCACCCUAGACUGCCAAUGUCUGCAACUAUUGAAUUGUGCAAAUGCUGCAAAAAUCUGCAGCAAGAUUGUAGUCAACCAGCCCAGAAUAAAACUGCAAAAUUAUCUGAGUAAGUAAUACAACUGUAACACUAUAAAAGACUGCAGACAGAAGAGGUGGCUGUGGCCAUGCACCCAGCAUAUGCUGUAAGUUUUGCUUUAUGAUUAUCUCCUAUUAUCAUUUCUUAAAACUCUUACAAAUUUUAGAGGAGUGGGCUUUAUUUUUGACACCAGUGAAGAACCUUUUCCUAAUGUCCAGGCUGAACAUCCACUAAUGCAGCUUCAUUCCAUUUACACCAAUCAUGUCACUGAUCAGUGGUUUCAGGAUUACAUACAUUUCAGGAUUACCCGGUCCCAAGUGGAGAAUCCAGCACUUGCUCUUGUAAUAUUUCAUACAAUUGGUGACUGCUCAGCUCUUCAGUAUCCAGAUCUCUCUGCAGGGCCUCUUUACCCUCAAGGGAAUCCACAGAUGCUCCUAGUUUGUCAUUGGCAAGAUUACUUAGUUUUGGUUCCUACAUUUGAUUCCCCCAUAGAGAUGAUUUAUAAGAACGUUUAAGAUCGCUGGCUGUAAAAAUGAGCCCCAAAGAACCGCAGUGGUGACAGGUCAUUAGUCUGAUGUAAACCCAUUGGCUGUAACUUUUUGAGCCAUCAGCCAGCUGCUCACCCAGAGCCCUGUGGACUUAUCUCGCUGUGUGCUGGACAUUUUAUCCUGAAGGUGAAGUACUGAGGCCUGAACAAGGGGCCUUGAGCCUCACUAACAAAGUGUUGUUAGCAAUAUGACACAUAUAUCCUUUCUUUGGUGAAACAUGAAAACAAAAUACCUUUCUGUAUUUAGAAUCUGGACAAGGUCAAGUCUGUUUUGUACUACCUCUAUUUUUCUAUCUUUCCUUCUUCCUUUCUGCCUCUGCUUAAAAGUUUAACUCACUGCUGCCACAGGCUGCCCAGGGAUCACUGUUGCCACAUGUUGUUCAGAAAGGUUAAAUCUGCAGGCUGUUCAGAAAGGUUUACAUUGUUGCUGCUACAGGCUGUUGAACUGAUAAUACCGUUGUAAUUGCUGCAGCCCAUAAAUAAAACUUUCUAAUUGA